CACGAAGAAGAAAACGAGGCGGAAGGAGAAGGCGAAGAAGAAACAGCCUGAUCAUGCAAAUAUUUUCAUAAUGGGGACCCAAGUAAAAGAUGUUAUCAUAAAACCUGACGCUCCCUCUAGCCUGCUUCUGGACAAACAUGCAGAUUACAUCGCUGCUUAUGGCUCCAAAAAAGACGACUAUGAGUACACGCUGUCAGAGUACCUGAGGAUGAGCGGCAUCUAUUGGGGACUAACAGUGAUGGACCUGAUGUCCCAGCUGCCCCGGAUGAACCGGGCUGAAAUCAUAGACUUCAUCAAAGCCUGUCAGCACGAGUGUGGCGGCAUCAGCGCUAGUAUCGGACAUGACCCCCAUCUGCUCUACACCCUCAGUGCUGUGCAGAUUCUGUCCUUGUACGACAACAUGGAUGCAAUUAACAUUGACAAAGUGGUGGAAUAUGUCAAAGGACUGCAGCAAGAAGAUGGCUCUUUUGCAGGAGACAAAUGGGGGGAAAUAGACACGAGGUUUUCCUUCUGUGCUGUUGCUACACUUGCGUUACUGGGUAAGAUGGACACCAUUAAUGUAGACAAGGCUGUAGAGUUCGUCUUGUCAUGCAUGAACUUUGACGGAGGUUUCGGGUGCAGACCUGGAUCAGAGUCUCAUGCUGGACAGAUUUACUGCUGUACGGGUUUCCUGUCGCUCACUGGCCAGUUGCACCAGGUGAAUGCCGACCUGCUAGGCUGGUGGCUCUGUGAGAGACAGCUACCAUCUGGAGGCCUCAAUGGACGACCCGAGAAGCUCCCAGAUGUUUGCUACUCAUGGUGGGUUUUGGCAUCACUCAAAAUUAUUGGCAGGAUCCAUUGGAUCGACAAGGCCAAGCUACGCUCCUUCAUCCUGGCCUGUCAGGACGAGGAGACUGGAGGCUUUGCAGACAGACCAGGAGACAUGGUGGACCCCUUCCACACUCUGUUCGGGAUCGCAGGUCUCUCCCUCCUUGGUGAUGAGCAGAUCAAGCCAGUGAACCCUGUGCUGUGCAUGCCUGAGGACGUCCUGCAGAGGGUCAGCCUGCAGCCGGACCUCCUGAGUUAGCCCCCUCACACACAACACAACACAAAUCCCCAGAACACAUUGUCAUAGCCACACAGACCCACUUACCAACUACCACAGCUAAACACCGUGAGCAGAGACAAGGACCACCACUCAUGUUUGUCUUUGCUGGAGUCUCUAGAAACAUUUCAGAUGCAGCUUCCAGUCUCACUCACAAAGACAUGGCAGACAAAUGGAGUUGCGCAGUUCAGACAGGAUUCCUCUGAGCCUUUAUGUUUUAAUCCUCCCUCUGCGCAUUGAAUCACCAAGUCUGUUUUCUGGGUUUGGCAUCUAGAGGGCUGAUUUUUAGAUAUUAAUCAGGAAGUGGAAGGAGAUAUUUUGAAGUGUAACCACCAUAGCUGAAGUCUUGAAACCACUAAAUGACAUUCCCUCACUGUAUUUGAGUUACUCACUGAAAAUGAAUAUUAAAUUAGAUUUUUCUUUCUUAUCUCUUAUCACCUCCUCUGCUUAUUUCAGCAUGACUUAAAUUUUUUCAUGGCCAGAAACUGAGGAAAAAAGCGCUGUUAUUUCCAUUUUUUCCAAAUUGAUAGAGGAAUGCCCUGCUUAUUUACACAUUUGGUAGUGAAAUGGAAAGAUUGUGUGAGGAAAAAACUGCAUGACUGUUUUGUUGUGUUACUGAAAAGCACCGCAUUUCUGUCUUCUCUCUCUUUUUUGAAGAUUCUGCCUUUUGAUGCACUCGCUGUUUCAGAUAAAAUAUGUUUCUGUUGGUUUGAAAAGUGAGAGCGUACGAAGGGCAAGCAAUCCCUGUAUUGUUUACAGUAGAGCAAUCGUGCUGUUACUGGUAGAAACUGUGCAAACAGGACUCACAACUGGAAAUGCAACACAUCACCUACUGCAAACACAGCAGUUAUUUUGCCAUACAGUAACCUCAGUUUACAGCACAGGCAGAUAAUUAUUCUGGCCGGAAGUCAAGGAAGAGGAAAAAUGGGUGUGAUGACCAGAGGCAAGUAAUGUCUUAGCCACUGUUCCAUCCAUACUAUUUAUUUAUUAUAUGCUUGUUACUUGUUAUGAAGCUCUGGGUUUGUUUUCCCUGCAUUGAAACUAAUAUCACAAAAUGUUUCAGUCCUAUUUUUGGAUUAAUGGGUUAUAGAAAAAAUCCACUUAACCAAAUUAAACGGUUAAAACUGAUCUAAAACUGAUCAGUGUGGACGCACUUGCAGGAGGGGAAUAAAUCCAUCACUUCUCAGGUUGUUUCCAGUUUAGGUCAUCAACUUAGUGAUUUGUUUAUCUGGUCUUAGUGUGUUUAAUGAAAACAUACUUGCCACUGUAUUUCUAUGUUUGUGAAAACAGAUUUUAAGGAUCUAUUUGACUUGGAAGAUUAUUACAAUAUACAGCCCCAAACCUGUCCUAAUUCAAAAAGCUGCUUACUGUUGCACUGCCAGAAGUGUAAUUAUAGUUAUUAUUAAAUUUGUUUAUUUUGGUUGGCAAUAAAUGUUUCCCCCAGACAA